AUGAGCAGCUCCGUUACAACAAUUCCAAGUACUCAUACAACAUUCGUGCCCUCCACUAUUACGCUUCCAUCUACUACCACUCGCCCUUCUCAUUGCUGUCCAACAACUGGACUAUGGAGUGAAUGGGCCACUUCUCAAAACUGCUCGGACACUUGUGGUUCAUGCGCUCAAUUGGUGUAUCGUCGCAAGUGCCUGACAGAAAGUGAUGGAUGCCCCUGCAGUGGAGAUGACGUCAAAAUUGAGAAUUGCAACAUUGGUGUCUGCUAUUAUCCUCGCGACUCCUGUUGCUCCCCAUACGUGUCAACUGUCAUUAACGGACGACAUGCUUGUGGCCCUCAACCAAAUAUUACCGAACCUCCGACUGAUACUUCAUGCUGCCCAACAAACGGAUUCUGGGCAGAUUGGGGUGAAUGGAGCGGAUGUAUUGGUGCUGGUUGUUUCAAGUGUGGAACAGCAACAAGAACUAGAAGCUGUGCAUCAGAUUCUUAUGGGUGUUCUUGUAUUGGAGAUAGUAAAGAGACGCAAAGCUGUGUUGUGAUGGCGACAUGGAGCGAGUGGACCGUGGUAAUGUCUUGUAACACAACCUCUUGUGGAUCAUGCGAUUAUGAGAGAAGGAUUAGAAAAUGCAAUGGCGAAAACGGAUGCAUUUGCACGGGCUCAGACGAGAUGACUACUAUUUGUAAUACUGCGCCCUGCACAAAGUCCAACAACACCUGCUGCUCUGGGUUUAGCUUAAUGGACCAGAACGGAUUAAAAAUUUGCGGUCCUCUGGGAACUGUACCUGCUAUACCAGAACUACCAAAGUGCGAAAAUGGGAGCUGUUGUGUGAUAGGAGGUGUAUGGAGUGAAUGGUCCAGCGGAAACACUUGCUCUGACACUUGUGAGGACCUAGCACAAAGAGCGCAGAAUGUGCACCAACACCAUGCCUAUAUCCUCGUGCAUCGUGUUGUGGAAAUCGUACGAAAGUAUUAUCUGCGCAAAAAACCUUCCAGUGCUCGAAAAUGGAUGACAACAGUCCGCCUGCAUCGGAUUUCUGCUGGACGUGUUGUCCGCCCUCUGGAGGCUACUGGUCAGAAUGGACAGAAGGAGGGACCUGUGGAGAUACAUGCGGUUCCUGCGCCCAGGUUACACAGCAGCGUACCUGCCUUACAGAAGCUCAGGGAUGCGCAUGCAGGGCCAUCUUCGCGUCAAAAGAAUUGCAACAUUGGCGUCUGCUACUAUCCCCGCGAUUCCUGUUGUUCGCCCUAUACUUCUACGAUGAUGGGUGGCAUUCUCGAUUAUAGCCAAACUAUACGACACCGCUGGUUCCUUACGAUCCCUACUGCAAUAAUACAUGUUGUCCGGAAAAUGGAGUAUGGUCAGAAUGGACUGAAACUCCAAACCAAUGCGCAGAUUACUGCGGUUCAUGCGGAAACACUACAAAAACGAGAACAUGCCUAUCAGAGGCUAACGGCUGUCCAUGCAACGGGGUUAGUACAGUUACGGCUCCGUGCAACAUUGAAGUUUGCUAUUACCCAAGGUUGUCAUGUUGUCCAGGCUUUGAAUCAACCAUUAUCAACGGAAAACACUCCUGUGGACCACAGCCUCCUCCCCCCGCAGAUCCGCCGUACGUUAACACUUGUGGAGUCAACUGUUGCCCAACGCAAGGUUGCUUACCAGUAUAUAAUUUUGCCAAGUAUAUUCGAAGGAGGCCGGCGUUUGAUACCUGAGCCCUCUCGCCGAAGGAGUGCUAGUGACGCAGUGCAGAACCAAGUCUGUGGAACAAGCGUAUGUCUAUUUCCAAGAUCUUCAUGCUGUCCUGGUUUCACUAAGAAAGUUGAUACAGCCACAAAGUCUUUCUAUUGUGGUCCACUUCCAGCAGAGCCAGUGUUUAACCCAGAACAAACUACAUGCUGUGAUCCCGAGAAGAUGGGCCUUUGGAAUCAAUGGACAGAAUGGUCAAAAUGUACUUCCGACUGUGGCCUUUGCGGCACACAGACACGUAAUCGUACGUGUGCAUCACAACCAUACGGCUGUCCAUGCACAGGAACCACUACAGAAACUAAAAAAUGUGGACAAGCAGCCUGCACUACUGGUCAAGCGUGUUGCACCGGUUACCCCGCUGUUGGUUAUGAUGGCGCGGAGUUUUGCCAGCCAAACCCGCCCAUACAAUGCCCGGGAGCAUGGACAGAAUGGAAGACAGAAGCAGGUGCAACUUGUAAUGACACGUGUGGAAUGUGUGGUGUGAUAGCGUCAUAUCGUUACUGUUGGCCAUCGGGGUGCCAGUGCACAGGAGCAUUCAAAUCAAACCAACCAUGUGCACCUGCAGUAUGCACUUACCCCAGAUCGACCUGUUGUGCUCCGUAUGUUAAAAAGAUCGUUGACAAGCAGUUCGUCUGCGGUUGA